AUGGAGCAACGACAUAAAUAUCAUACUGCACAACCUCUUGAUUCUUAUCAUAAUUCACCAUAUUUUAUUGAUUUGGCUUCUGCUUCUAGAAAUGAACAUGUUACAAUGUUCAACCAAAUUCCAUCCGAUUUUCUAUCGAACAACAAUGAAAAUCGAAGCACGAAAAAUAACUAUCAACAUGCAUCACAAGGAGUAGGUGCGACUUCAACGGAUUGUUGUUGUUGUUGGUGGUGUUGUUUUCAUCAACACAAUCACAAUGUCCAAGAUUCAAGUGAUUAUGGCUGCUGUUCCUGUUGUGACUGUAGCAAUUGCUGUGAUUGUACUAGUGAUAAUUCCGGUGGUUGUGAUAGUUGUGACUGUGGUGGUUGUGAUUGUAGUUGCUAA